AUGGAUACUUACGGACCGGAGGCAUGGUACGGGGGAUUACCCAGAAUCACACGUGCCUUGCUUACCAUCAUGUUCCUUCUAACAGUAUUAACGACAUUCAGGAUAAUAUCGCCACAAACUCUAAUUCUAGACUGGCAGCUUAUAAGGAAGAAUUAUGAAAUACAUCGGAUAAUAUUAGGAUGUCUAUACGUAGGACAGUUCUCAUUCAAGUGGGCUAUACAAGCCUAUAUGUUCGCGCAAUUUUCAUCGAUGCUAGAGAGAAACCCCGUAUUCUCGAUGUCAAUAGGGUCAUACCUAUACUUCAUUCUCAUAGAGAUGCUAAUACUCUCAGUUAUCAGCAUGGGCAUAUUCUGGCCAUCAGGGUUCCCAAUGCUUAAUGAUGCACUGCUGUUUGCUAUCAUAUACUACUGGUCCAAGAGAGAUAUGUGGAAUACUGUCUCAAUAUACAUGUUCACUGUUAAGGCGUACCAGUUACCUUUCGUCAUGCUAUUCAUUAACUUCAUCAUGGGAGCACCCAUGGUAGUCAAUCUUAUCGGACUGAUAGGUGGCCACGCGUACUAUUUUAUAAGGGAGGUGUUACCGACAAGGGGGUUCUACAACAUAUUUGGAAGGUGCCCACAAUGCCUGGACUACCUAGCAGAUAAAAUUGAUUCAGUAUUCAACUUUAGCUAUUUGAACUGGUAUGACGGUACGAGGUCAACGCCAUAUACAUCGUCGAAUAGACCAACGAGACCGAAUACAGGCUUUGUGGGACGUGGUAUACGACUAGGUGGAACUUAA